AUGACGAUCUGUACUUAUGACGCACGUACGCUUGCAUCGGAAGCGGCCAUCGAAGAUCUGAUGAUGCAAGCUAAGAAGAUCAAGUACGACGUCAUUGGACUGACCGAGACAAGAUGUGGUCCAACACCAGCUUUGACUAUCUUCGUCGCUUACGCUCCAACAUCAAGCUACGAAGAAGAAGAAGUCGAAGCUUUCUAUAUGGACCUGGAGAAGUUCUACCGAGAAGAAUAUGCCGUCUACAAGGUCAUAAUUAGCGAUUUAAACGCCAAAGUUGUCCCAAGAAGAACGCCGGAGGAACUUCACAUCGGGACCCACGCCCUACAAUGGAAUGACCAGGGGGAGAGGCUCUCCGAGUUCAUCAUGACGACUAAGACCACCCAUGGGAACUCGCAAUUCCAGAAGCCCUCCUCUCUACGCUGGACGUGGGAGUCACCCGGUGGAGGGUACCGUAAUGAAGUAGACCACAUCAUCGUCAAUAAAAGGUUCUGCCUGACGGACGUCGCUGUUUUACCAAAGCUCUAUACGGGAUCGGACCAUCGCCUCCUCCGAGGAAGAUUUUCCUUCACAAAGAGAGCAGAGAAAACCGCCAAGUUCAGAGAAGAAAUUCUAGGACUGUCAUCAACUGGGACCUCUUCGCAACGUUAG